AUGUCGAUCGAUUUUCCCAAGGAGGAGGAGGCCAUCAUCGCCAGAUGGCGCGAGCUCAAGGCCUUUGAGCGUCAGCUCGAGCUCUCCCAAGGAAACCCAAACUACACCUUCUACGAUGGCCCUCCGUUCGCGACAGGUCUCCCCCAUUAUGGGCACCUCCUCGCCUCCACCAUCAAAGAUAUCAUCCCGAGGUAUUGGUCCAUGAAGGGAUUCCAUGUUGAGCGGCGCUUUGGCUGGGACACUCAUGGCCUGCCCAUCGAGCACGAGAUUGACAAAAAGCUGGGUAUCUCGGGCAAGGCUGCCGUCAUGGAACUGGGCCUGGAAAAGUACAAUGCGGAAUGCCGCUCCAUCGUGAUGCGGUAUCGCGAAGAGUGGCGCCAUACCGUUGAGAGGCUAGGGCGCUGGAUCGACUUCGAUAACGACUACAAGACGAUGGAUCCCACGUUCAUGGAGUCGGAAUGGUGGGUGUUCAAGCAGCUCUUCGACAAGGGUCAAGUGUACCAAGGGCAUCGGGUCAUGCCGUACUCCACCGCACUCACCACUGCUCUGAGCAAUUUUGAGGCCAACCAAAACUACCAAGACGUGACCGAUCCCGCCAUCGUCGUCGCUUUCCCCCUUAACGACGACCCCGAGACUAGCCUGCUGGCCUGGACAACAACGCCAUGGACUAUGCCUUCCCACCUGGGCCUCGCCGCCCACCCUGAGUUCGAGUAUAUCAAGAUUCUUGAUGAGAAGUCCGGAAAACACUAUAUCCUCUUGGAAAAGCUCCUGAGUACAUUGUACAAGGAUCCCAAGAAGGCUAAGUUCAAGGUGGUGCAAAAGUUGAAGGGCAAGGAAAUGCUUGGAUGGAAGUACCAACCCCCAUUCGACUACUUUUACGAGGAAUACAAGGAUGUCGCCUUCAAGGUCCUCAACGCAAACUACGUCACCGACGACAGCGGCACGGGUAUCGUCCACCAAGCCCCAGCUUUUGGUGAAGAUGAUUACAACGUCGCGGUUGAGAACGGCAUCAUCACCGAGAAACGGCCGCCCCCAGACCCAGUGGAUGACUCGGGCCGAUUUACUAACAAGGUGUCCCACUUCGCCGGGCUUCAUGUAAAGGAAGCCGACAAGCAAAUCAUCAAGCACCUGAAGAACUCGGGGAGGCUCGUGAUGGAGUCGCAAUACAAGCAUUCGUACCCCAUGUGUUAUCGCUCCGAUACCCCGCUCAUCUACAAAGCGGUGCCUUCUUGGUUUGUCCGCAUCCCCGAGAUCAUCCCCCAGAUGCUGAAGAACAUCGAAGGGUCGCACUGGGUCCCAUCGUUCGUCAAGGAGAAGCGGUUUGCCAGCUGGAUCUCCAACGCUCGCGACUGGAAUGUGUCUCGGAACCGGUAUUGGGGUACGCCUAUCCCACUCUGGGUGAGCGACGACAUGGAGGAGCGUGUCUGCAUUGGGAGCAUCGCCGAGCUCAAGGAGCUGAGCGGUUAUGAGGGCGAGAUCACCGACCUACACCGCGACAAGAUCGAUCACAUCACCAUCCCGAGUAAGCAGGGCAAGGGUACGCUGAAGCGAGUGGAGGAAGUCUUUGACUGUUGGUUUGAGUCGGGUAGCAUGCCCUACAGCAGCCGUCACUAUCCCUUCGAGAACCGUGAGCAGUUUGAGAAGAGCUUCCCCGGUGACUUCAUUGCCGAAGGCCUGGACCAGACAAGAGGGUGGUUUUACACGCUUUUGGUCCUAGGUACUCACUUGUUCGGCAUCUCCCCGUUCAAGAACUGUGUCGUCAAUGGUAUCGUGCUCGCUGAGGACGGAAAGAAGAUGUCGAAGCGUCUUAAAAACUACCCGGACCCAAACCUCGUCAUGACUAAGUACGGUUCUGAUGCUCUCCGCCUGUACCUCAUCAAUUCGCCAGUGGUUCGUGCUGAGCCCCUCCGAUUCAAGGAGUCUGGCGUGAAGGAAGUUGUCGCCAAGGUUCUGCUCCCUCUUUGGAACAGCUACAAGUUCUUCGAGGGCCAAGUAGCGCUAUUGAAGAAGGUGGAGAACGUCGAUUACCUUUUCGACCCAAGCAUGGAGUCCUCCAACAGCAACGUUAUGGAUAAGUGGAUCUUGGCCAGCUGUCAGAGCUUGCUUAAGUUCGUCAAUGAGGAAAUGGCCGCUUACCGCCUGUACACCGUUGUACCCAAGCUUCUGGAACUGAUCGAUAACACCACUAACUGGUACAUCCGCUUCAACCGCAAGCGGCUCAAGGGCGAGAACGGGUUAGACGACACUAUCCAUGCCUUAAACACACUCUUUGAGGUCCUAUUCACGUUGUGCCGCGGCUUGGCGCCUUUCACACCGUUCCUCACGGAUACCAUCUACCUGCGGCUCCUGCCCCACAUUCCCAAGGAGCUCCAAGGUCAAGACCCCCGCAGCGUCCACUUCCUGCCCUUCCCUGAAGUGCGCCAGGAGCUCUUCAACGUUGAUAUCGAGAGACGUGUUCAGCGGAUGCAGAAGGUCAUCGAGCUGGCUCGCUACUCCCGCGAAAAACGUACCAUUGGCCUCAAACAGCCACUGCGGACGCUCAUCGUCAUUCACCACGACCCGCAGUACUUGGAGGAUGUACGGUCUCUCCAAGGGUACAUCACUGAGGAGCUCAAUGUGCGCGACCUGGUGUUGACAUCGGACGAGGCCAGCCACGGGGUCCAGUACAGUGUCACGGCCGACUGGCCCGUCCUUGGUAAGAAGUUGAAGAAGGACAUGGCCCGUGUCAAGAAGGCGCUCCCGAACGUGACGAGCGAUGAAGCCCAUGGCUACGCCACAAACGGUAAGCUGGUUGUCGAUGGCAUCACGCUAAGCGAAAGGGACCUCGUCGUCAAGCGCGGGCUUAAAGAAGACGAUUCUUCGAAAAACCUCGAGACCAACACUGACAACGACGUGCUCACCAUCCUCGACGCCGAGAUCUAUCCUGGCCUGGCUGAGGAAGGCUUGGCACGCGAAAUUAUCAACCGCGUGCAGCGCCUGCGCAAGAAGGCUGGCUUGCAAGUAACAGAUGAUGUUAAGAUGGAGUACAAGGUCCUCACGGACCCAGAGGAGUCGGGCAUUGAGAAGGUGUUUGACUCGCAGCAAGCGGCCAUCUCGAGGGCCUUGCGGCGGCCGCUGGAUAAGCAUGAGGUGACGCAUGUGGAGGGGCAGAUUAAGCCGGAUGAAAAGGACAUCAUUGCGGAGGAGGAGCAGGAGGUCGGGAAGGCGACAUUUUUGUUGCGAUUGCUCAAGCUUUAA